CUGCAUAUUCUACACUGACCAAUUCCAUUCCAGGUUGCAUUGUCGUAUUCGUCUUCGUCACCGUUACCUGAUGCGGUAAUGCCAGUGAAUCUCAGCUCCCUUGAGAAAUAUAUGUAAAUCAAGACCUGUCACCAUGUCCAUGCUUGGCGAAUGAUACCAAAAGCCUAGGGAAGUGUCCAAGAUUGGCUGGGGAGUGAAUUGGCCAUUUCCAGAUUUCAAUUGACCUCUCCCACCAAAAGAACAUCGUUGAACUGUUAUUGCCUACCCUCGUCCUCGCCGAGACCCCUCAAUUGCCUCUCGAACCUCUCCCACUAGUCGCCCGACGCUCGUGCCCCUCAUAAAAUUGGAAGCCGAUAUGGUUCAAACCAGGUCUUCGAGGAAACAGGCUGGGAACGGUCACGCCAGCACCCCCACGGAAAAGCUACAGAUCGCCGAUAAAACAGACCGUACGCGUUGGAGGCUCCUCGAUGAAAGUGGUAGGCUCACAUGGCACUACCUCGAGGACGACAAGGCCGUCGCAAAAUGGCCACAGUCUGUCGCCGAUAAGUGGUACCUCGGCCUAGAUACCAACCUUGCGACCCUCCCCACGCCAAAAAAGCCCCUCGAUGCUGUCAGCAACGGUCUUGCUUUCUUCGAAAAGCUCCAACUCCCUUCCGGUGAGUGGGGAUGCGAGUAUGGAGGUCCCAUGUUUCUUUUACCCGGUGUAGUCAUUACCUGGUACGCGACCAAGACGCCCAUCCCGUGGUAUGUGGCUACCGAGAUCAAGAACUACCUUUUUGCCCGCGCGCACCCCGAAGACGGAGGUUGGGGGUUACAUAUCGAGGGCGAAAGCACCGUCUUCGGGACCUCGCUGAAUUACACCGUCUUGCGCCUCGUCGGCGUCGAUCCCGAAGACCCGGUCAUGGUCAAGGCGCGCAAAACACUACACAAACUCGGAGGUGUAACGCAUGCGCCUCACUGGGCCAAGUUCUGGCUAAGUGUUAUCGGUGUCUGCAAAUGGGACAUCGUCAAUCCAGUUCCACCGGAGCUAUGGCUUCUACCCGACUGGGUCCCAUUCGCACCCUGGAGGUGGUGGAUCCAUAUGCGACAGGUUUUCCUUCCCAUGGGCUACAUAUUCGACAGGAAGUGGUCUUGCGAAGAGACAGAUAUUAUUUGUGGGUUGCGCGAGGAGUUGUUCGUCGAAAACUGGGAAAAGAUUGACUGGGCUGGUAACCGAAACACGAUCUGCCCCCUGGACAAUUACCACCCCAAGUCGUGGGUUCUCAACACAGCGAAUUGGGCUUUAGUCAAUGUCUGGCCGUGGUUUAGACCCAAUUUCGUCAAGAACAGAGCAAAUGAUUGGGUUAGCAAGCUCAUCGACAUGGAGGAUGCGAACACGGACUACGCUGACUUAGCCCCGGUGAAUGCCGCUCUCAACACAGUUGUAUGCUACAUCCGCGAUGGCUCAGAUUCCUACAGUUUUAAGAGACACAUCGAGAGACUCGAGGAUGCCAUGUGGGUGAAUGCUGAGGGCAUGUUCUGCAAUGGUACCAAUGGCGUCCAGUGCUGGGAUACCUCGUUCCUCAUACAAGCUGCAGUUGACGCUAGGCUUGAGAAAGAUGCUCGAUGGAAACCAAUGCUCAACAAAGCCCUUGAAUUCCUCGACAACCAGCAGAUUCGCGAGAACUGCAAAGACCAAGCGACAUGUUAUCGACAGCAGCGUAAAGGUGCCUGGGCAUUUAGUAACAGGGAUCAAGGCUAUGCGGUGUGUGAUUGCGUUUCCGAGGCACUGAAAUCGGUGAUUCUACUACAGAAAACCGACGGCUAUCCUCAACUUCUCGAUGAUGAACGGAUCUUUGACGCCGUUGACACAAUCUUGACGUACCAAAACGCUUCCGGCGCAUGUUCCUCAUAUGAGCCCACACGUGGUAGCAAAAUGUUGGAAAUGCUUAAUGCAGCCGAAGUAUUCGGCAACAUCAUGGUGGAAUACGACUACGUCGAAUGCACAACAGCUGUAGUAACAGCGCUCUCACUCUUCAAGAAGCACUGGCCGGACCAUCGAUCGAAAGAAAUCGACGGCUUCGUCCAGCGGUCCGUGGCAUGGAUCAAGACAGCUCAGCAGCCAGAUGGUUCGUGGUACGGAAACUGGGCUAUCUGCUACACAUAUGCUACGAUGUUCGCCCUCGAAAGUUUGAAGAGCAUUGGCGAGAAGUACAAUAACAGCUACUACUCGAAACGGGGUUGCGACUUUUUGAUAUCCCGGCAGAGAGCGGAUGGUGGAUGGUCUGAAAGCUAUCGCUCCUGCGAAAAGAUGGUGUAUACCGAGCACAACACCGGGUCUCAAGUCGUCAUGACGGCAUGGGCAUUAAUCGCCUUGAUGCACGCGGACUACCCCGACAUUGAACCGAUUAAGAAGGGAGUCAAGUUGAUCAUGCAGAGACAGCAGCCCAACGGCGAAUGGGAGCAGGAAGCUAUCGAGGGCGUCUUCAACAAGAGCUGCAUGAUUUCGUAUCCUAAUUACAAGUUCACGUUCACCAUGAAGGCUUUGGGCAUGUUCGCGACGAAGUACCCUGACGAAACGGUCAUUUGAAGCGAUGACGAAAAUGGAGCAAUUGGAAAUGAGGAAUGACGUGGCGCCGUGGCUUUUAGGUAAUAGCUAAUAUAUUUAGGCUCGACUCGGGCUUGUUAGGUUCGUGAAGGAUCAAGAUUACGUGCAGUAACUAUCGGUGUGUGAAGUGUUGAAUGAUUAUCUCGAAUUAUCUUACCCUUGUACAUAGCUCCGUACAGAGCUUAGUUUCAGCUUGGUUCAAUUCUGCUGAUUAUCGUGAGGUUCUUGUGAGGUGGUGGCGAGCGGCACACACGACGCUAGAUUCACUAGGUACCUACCUACCUAACCUCUUUAGCGUCGAAACAGGCUGCGUAAAGAUACCUAUGCUAAUGACAUCCCUUAACUGUGGAUUUCAACUCUAUCAUCGGGUAUUUACUUACCAGUAGUGUAUGCAUGUUGUUGUUGCGUGGCGCACGAUGUUUCCCGCUCCCUGAGAAGAACCUUUCAGGCAGGCAGGUAUCUCCCUAGGUAGCUUGUUGUGCUUUCCAUACAAAGUAUAGGUAGGAACUCGGUUGGAGCUGCCGGUAGGUACACAGGCAACUACCCCGCGCCCCACCAUCGCAACAAACACCUUCCUAGCCCUCAUGUGCAGCAUCUACGUACCUUUGCUUGGGAAGCUCGCCGC